CAGUUUGGACCUUCUCUCUCUCUCUCUCUAUGACAAUGGGCUAGAGUUAAGUCGUGCCGGUGAAAGCAAAGCUGUAUGCUCGUAAAAGCCUGUUGCGCAGCACGCUGGGACGGAGGAAGGGGGCGGGGCUUAGCGGAGUGCGGUUAGGAGCAACGAGUCGCUUUCCUUCGCGCGCCUUUCGAGCGGCGGCGGACGUUGUCUACAAUGGCUGAACGGCCCGAAGAUCUGAACUUGCCCAAUGCUGUCAUAACCCGCAUCAUCAAGGAAGCGCUUCCUGAUGGAGUGAACAUAUCCAAAGAAGCCAGGAGUGCUAUCUCCCGAGCUGCCAGUGUGUUUGUGCUGUAUGCCACGUCAUGUGCCAAUAACUUUGCAAUGAAGGGGAAGAGGAAAACCCUGAAUGCCUCAGAUGUCCUCUCAGCUAUGGAGGAAAUGGAGUUCCAGCGAUUCAUUGCCCCUCUGAAGGAAUCUUUGGAAGCCUACAGGCAUGAUCAGAAAGGCAAAAAAGGAGCAGUGGAGUUAAAAAAGAAAGACAAAGAUAAGAAGGAAGAUUCUGCGGAUCCAGAUAAAAACCGGGAGGAUGAGAAUGAAGAUGAGGACGAAAGGAUGGAAGAGGAGGAACAAAAUGAAGAGGAGGAAGUGGAUAACUGAGCAGCUUGAUGACAAGUCUGCCGAGGCCAGACAUCCUUCACAUGUGGAAGGAAGUGAUGCUGCCGCACAUUUUGCAGUAGACGGCCUUGCUGGUCUGUAAGGCCCACUGCCUUGUUUGGGAAGCCCCAAAACAAAAGUCUCAGACUACAGCUGCUUGGAGCAAAACCUAUUUUGGAACAAAAUGCCAGGGAUGCUGAAAAAAAGGCUGCUUUCUUCCGUUGUCUGGAUGGCUUAUUAAUGUAAAAGACUGGGUGUCGAUAUGGGUUCAGGAUGGAAGCACAAAGAUAUCCUCUCCAAAACUGGGAGAAAUGGACAUUAAAUAAGUCAGCUUUGCUAAUGGUGUCUGAAGUCAAUGGUGCUUUGGCGCAUCUCUGGCUGGUUGGGUUCAGAUUUGAGGUGUUCAAAGCUCAGGUUGUAGAAUAGGCAGGGCAUUUACACAGAGCAGCCCACCUCGGCUUGUCUCACUGUGCUCCAGCUGUGCCUUCUCUUGAUUUCUGAGGAUGCUGAUUGGGUCUCUUCCUGUCCGAUGUGUCCCUGCUGCGGCCAUCUUUACCCACAGCUCUGGUUUUCCUGAUGCCUUUUCAUGAUUCAGAUUUGGAGUUUUCGAUUUCUACUAUGAACUAUCCAAAGUGUGGUUUGUUAAGAUGAAGCUUUUCUUCUAAAGUGAUGUCAUUAAA